AUGCCGUCAAUUAUCGCAGGCUCGCAGCCUCUACUUGGGCCUCUCGUCGGCCUUGUUGGUUGGACGUUUGUUAUGGAGGGCUGGAUGUAUCUGUACCGUCUUCCAGCCAUGUCCAAAUACAACGUCGACGCGAGCCCAGGCAUGACCAAGGAACAUCUGAAUGCCAAAAUCCCACGGCAUCUCCAAUAUCCGGCUGACAACUUCAAUCACCUGAUGGAGCAGCCGACACAAUUCUACGCUAUCGUUCUUGCCUUGAACCAACUUGGCGUCCGCGAUUCUCUGACCGUUCAACUGGCGUGGACAUACGUCGGCUUGCGUAUCGUCCAUUCACUUGUGCAGUCGACUACGAACCAUAUCUUGAUCAGGUUCAGUAUUUUCCUGACUAGCUCUGCUGUCCUUCUCGGCAUGACUGCGCAGGCGGCAAGGAUCUUUUGGCAGUGA